AAACAUAUUGGCAUUGGCCAGAAUUCGAUUUUUUAGUACUGUAUUAGAAAUGAAAAUAAGGGAAUAAACAAAAUUGCCAAAGUAAAAGCAUAAACAAGCGGCGGUGUUCAUCUGUGCAUACGCUUGCAUGUCUAGCCAAAGCCAACAACUAAAUGCGAUUGCAAAUAACGGACUUUGAACUCAGAGCGAGCGUGAGCCGGGCGGUAGCGCUGUUGUUGUUCAUUGAAAUUCAUUGAUAUAGUACGUUUUCCUAGUGAGACGCAGACGCUGAAAGUAGUAAACGCUGUGCACUGCUAGCAACAGGUUCCCUCAAAACGCGCUUUGCCUCAACCCCCCGCACUUGUCAAUAUCUCAACACUGCCGCUCUCACUGCUGCUGCAAGCGCCACGACAACGAAAAUAAAAUUAGCUUUAUAAUUCAACAUGGCAACCAUCGAGAAAGUUGAGCAUGCACCUGCUGAGCGUAAGGCGAAUCCCCUCAAAUCGUUCAUCACUGGAGGAUUUGGCGGCAUUUGCAAUGUGCUCUCUGGUCAUCCAUUGGACACCAUUAAGGUGCGCUUACAAACAAUGCCACGUCCUGCACCUGGCGAACAGCCCAUGUAUCGCGGCACAUUCGACUGCGCUGCCAAGACCAUACGCAACGAAGGUGUUCGUGGUCUCUACAAAGGCAUGUCGGCGCCUCUAACAGGCGUUGCGCCCAUAUUCGCCAUGUGCUUUGCCGGCUAUGCGCUGGGCAAGCGUCUCCAGCAGACGGGCGAGGAUGCCAAGCUCACGUACUCGCAAAUCUUUGUGGCUGGAUCGUUUUCGGGUCUGUUCUCUACGCUCAUCAUGGCGCCAGGGGAGCGCAUCAAGGUUUUGCUGCAGACACAACAAGGCACUGGCGGUGAGCGCAAAUACAACGGCAUGAUCGACUGUGCCGGCAAGCUAUAUAAGGAGGGAGGACUGCGCAGCGUUUUUAAGGGCAGCUGUGCCACAAUGCUCAGGGAUUUGCCUGCCAAUGGACUUUACUUCUUGGUCUAUGAGUACAUCCAAGAUGUUGCCAAGGCCAGGUCGGAAACGGGCAAAAUAAACACAGCGUCCACUAUUUUUGCUGGUGGUGCUGCUGGCAUGGCCUAUUGGAUUUUGGGUAUGCCCGCCGAUGUGCUUAAGAGUCGCCUGCAGUCAGCUCCUGAGGGCACCUAUAAGCAUGGCGUGCGCAGCGUUUUCAAGGAUCUGAUUGUUAAGGAUGGUCCAUUGGCCUUGUAUCGUGGCGUUACGCCCAUUAUGAUACGUGCUUUCCCAGCUAAUGCUGCCUGCUUCUUUGGCAUUGAGUUGGCUAACAACUUUUUCAAUAUGGUAGCGCCCAGUUUUUAGAGGGCUAACAAAUUGUUUAUGUAGUGCAAUUAAUUUACACAGAAUGUUCUGAUUAAGUGCAAAAGUCUUGUUGAAAUUAAAU